UCUUGCAACAAAACAAAACGAGGUCCAAGCCUUCUGCAUUUACAGGAAAAGCACGUUCGCAAUUAGCCGCGGGCAGAGACAGGGAAAGACUUAGCGUUAGUUGGGAAAAAGGCGAGAGAACAAGCACUGUUUGAUAGUCAGAGGUUUACCCUCAAGUCGCAGCCUGCCUCCGCUCUGCCCAGUUUCCAGCUGACAGCCCCGAAGCUGUGACGCAAAGAAUUGAAUCCCAGAGAUGCGAAAAGUGGCUUAGAUGUCUGACUGGCUCCCUUAGGACUGACUCCCACCCAGACUGCGAGUGAGAGAGAAAGGGGAGGAGAGAGAGAGAGAGAGAGAGAGAGGUAAGAGAAAGAGAGGAAAGAGAGAGAGGGGAAAGAGAGAGGAAAGAGAGAGAGAGAGAGAGGGAGGGAGAGAGAGGAAAAGGGAGAGGCUGCGGUCGAUGAACGCUACCGCAGUUUCGAAACUACAACAGCAAGGAAGCCGACGAGAAAUCUUUCUAAAUAUAAAACAAACCAGGGAUCCUGUGGAACUAGCGAUCCGAGGAUGGUGUCUUUGGGAGCGGGAUACUCCGGCGCCCUGUGGGUGUUUCUUGUACUCUUCCUGUUAGGAACCCAAGCCCAGGUGCAAGAUGCUGGUCUUCAGGAAGGCCUCGACACCACCACCUUGACCCACCCACUGGAGCUCCAUCGACCAGCUCAGGAGGCUGAGGAGCAUCAGGCAAAGCAGGAGCCCGCAGACCCUGUGAGCGACACUCCCCCUGAGCUCAGCCUGCAGAAGAAAAGCCAGCCGCACCACCGGUCCCUGCUCCUGCCUUCUGCCAUUCCUGGGGGACUUACAGUGCAGCCCCUCCUGCAGAGGCGGCAGCUGCCUUCCCCGAGGCAGGUGGAGGUCUUCCGCAAGCAACUGAGCACCAGGGGCGUGCCGUCAGGAGUGCUCGGUGCCGAGCUGGGAGUUCCAGCUCCUUCAUCGCUGAAGGUUCUCCCUCCUGACCCCACCCUUCGUUCCUCCCCGGAGGCCCUUCAGGCAGUGAAUGGGAGGCCAAGAAGUGAGGGGGACCUGCCAACCGUCACAGAGAGAGCCAGUCGCACCUCAUCAGCGGCACCAACUUCACAGACAGGCGAGAGCCAGGUGGCUGCCCAUCUCAGGCCCCACACUACGGUUCCAACCAGGCCAGACAGCACUCAGCCUCAGAUCCAGGCAAACCCUGGCCCCGGCAAGGACGUCCCACUGGAGGACACGGCCACUCCCCUCGCUGACCAGCGGAUAGCAACUCCAGCCAUGGCUCUUCCUGGGAAGAGUUCCGAAGCGGCUGGAGUGGUGUCAACAAUGGAGGGAAGCACAGAAGCUAGUACCAGCACGAUCGUCACCACCACCGUGACAACCUCCCUGCCGACCACAGCCCCGUGCAGCAUAACAUUCUCAAGCUCUGAAGGAUAUAUCGAUUCCAGUGACUAUCUUCCACUGUCUGCCUACAGCUCUCUGCAGUGUACCGUUAAUGUCACUGUCUUCAUGGGAUAUGGAGUGGAACUGCAGGUUAAAACUCUGAACCUCUCUGAAGGGGAGCAGCUCUCCAUCCUUGGGUUGGAGGGUGGCAGCUGGAUAGUUCUGGCCAACCAGGUGCUGCUGGUUGAAGGUCAGGUGAUCCGAAGCCCGGCCAAUACCAUUUCAGUGCACUUCCGUUCAUUCCAGUAUGGAGGCAUCGGAUCGUUCCGGCUUCACUAUCAGAUUUUCAUGCUGAGUUGCAACUUUCCGCGGCGACCCAGUUAUGGGGAUGUGUCCGUGUUGGAUUUGCAUGCCGAUGGUACUGCACACUUCCGCUGUAACCCUGGUUACCAGCUCCAGGGGCCGCACACACUGACCUGUAUGAAUGCGUCACAGCCACACUGGAACACCAAGGAGCCAACCUGUCAAGCCCUCUGUGGUGGUACAAUAUCAAAUGCUACCAUUGGAAGAGUAUUGUCUCCCAAUUAUCCAGCAAAUUACAGCAACAACUUAACCUGCACUUGGACAAUCGAAGGUACCAAGGGGCAGAAAUUCCAUAUGCACUUUGAAAAGAUCUCCCUUGCUGGAAAAGGAGACAGGCUCGUCCUCGUCAGUGGACGCAAUGGACACAGUGUACGCAGUGGAGACAGUGCCUCCUCCACUGUGUUGUAUGAUUCCUUAAGGAAUGAGUACUUCCCAAUCGAAGGUUUGAUUAGCAAUGGCCACUUUGUCCAGGUUGAGUUCACCUCUGAUGAAACGGUGACAGCAGGUGGUUUCAGCAUUCGAUACGAAGCCUUUGAGCGUGGACACUGCUUUGAGCCGUACAUGCAGAAUGGGAACUUCACAACAACUAAUCCCUCGUAUAGUGUCGGGGCAGUGGUGGAGUUCACCUGUGAUCCGGGUUACACCAUGGAGCAUGGCUCGCCCGUCAUUGAGUGUAUCGACAUCAGGGAACCCUACUGGAAUGGGACAGAGCCACUCUGUAGAGCGCUAUGUGGUGGAGAACUGAACACCCAGGCCGGAGUCAUUCUCUCACCAAACUGGCCACAGCCGUACGAUGAAGGGGAAGACUGCAUCUGGAGGAUUCACGUUGGCGAGGACAAGCGUAUACUGCUUGAUGUUCAGCUCCUGAACCUCACCAACAGUGACAUAUUAUCCCUGUAUGAUGGAGACGACUUAACCAUGAGGAUUCUCGGUCAAUUCGUCGGUAGCAAUGCCCCGUUGAAGGUUUACUCCACCACUUCCGACCUCACUGUCCGAUUCCAUUCCGAUCCAGCUGGCUUGAUUUUUGGGAAGGGCCAAGGAUUUAUCAUGAAUUAUUAUGAGGUCUCACGGAAUGACACCUGCUCGGAUCUUCCUGAGAUUCCCAAUGGCUGGAAAACCACUUCCCACAGAGAAAUGGUCCGAGGAACCUUGAUAACUUAUCAGUGUGACCCAGGAUAUGACAUCCUAGGAAGCGACACCCUCAGUUGCCAGUGGGAUCUCACUUGGAGCAAUGAUCCUCCUUUCUGUGAGAAAAUAAUGUACUGCACAGACCCCGGGGAAGUGAAACAUGCCACUCGUACGAUUUCAGACACCAAGUUGCUGGUGGGGUCCACAAUACAGUUCAGCUGUGAUCCAGGAUAUAUAUUGGAUGGAAAUGCACUGGUGACCUGCUACAGCCGAGAGACAGGCACCCCGUUAUGGACAUCAAAACUACCGCACUGUGCACCUGAGGAGUCAGUAGCGUGUGAAAACCCAGGACUACCAGAAAAUGGCUACCAGAUUCUAUAUAAGCGUCUGUAUCUGCCAGGCGAGACGUUGACCUUCAUGUGUUAUGAAGGCUUUGAGCUGGUUGGAGAGGUUACUAUCAGAUGCAUCAUUGCCCACCCAUCCCACUGGAGUGGGCCACUGCCUUCAUGUAAAGCUGCUCAGUAUGGCUUCGAGCACUCUUUGGAAGCAGCAGAGGCAACUGCAGAAAGACCAAUGGAUGGUGGAAACAUGGCUCUGGCGAUAUUCAUCCCCAUCCUCAUCAUCUCCAUUCUGUUGGGAAGCGCCUACAUUUACAUCACCAGGUGCAGAUACCACUCGAACCUGCGUCUGCCUCUGAUGUCCUCUCACCCCUACAGUCAGAUUACUGUGGAAACAGCCUUUGACAAUCCCAUCUAUGAGACAGGAGACACUAGAGAAUAUGAAGUUUCCAUAUGAACCAGGACGGGAGGCCAGAAGAUGAGAUUCUACAAAACUGCCAGAACCUCGCCAGUACUGACCCAGAGAAUGGCACUUCUCCAUGCUUUCCAAUCCAGAGUAGCAAU